AGUGGUAAACUAUAUUAUGAAAAUAUCAGCUUUUGGAAUUUGUAAUAACGGUUUGGACGGCUUGGUGAUUUAAAAAAAAAUUCAGCAUCGAUUUAUUCUAUUAUGUAAGACUAUUUAGCCAUGAAUCGAAAUUAUUAUUGUCAAUUUAUAAACUUACACUAAGUACAUAACUAACAACAAUAGACUUUUUUUUUUGCAUCAAUUUAUAGCUGACUAAUAUGUACAGAAAUAUAAAACCCCAUUACUUCUCAAUUGAUGCCAUUAUGGCUGCUCAAGAAAAAAUUCAAUGUUCGUUUAUUAAAAAGGUCGAACAUGUUGAUUUUUUAGAUUCAAUUAACUCUGAUAAAGAUGAAGAAUCAGAUCCAAAAAUUGAACUUCCCUUGUGGAUGGUUAAAGUGUUUUUAGUAGGAAAAUCAAUUCAAUUUGAUAUGCCUAAAGCAUAUAAUGAAAUCUACAGGGGUGUCUUAACAGCUGAUGCUAAUGUAGUCGAUUUAUUUAAAUUGUGUAAGCAUUUCUAUUUGUUUGGAAAAUUUUUAUCUCAAUUAGAACAUAGAGAAGCAUAUGAAGUCAGAAGAACUCUAAUUCAAACAUUCAUUGACCGAUUUAAACAGACAAUGGAUUGGGCACAGAAUAUAGAUGACAAUCAGCCAUGCUUUAAUAGACUCGACUGUCUUGAGAGAUCGAUAUUUAAUGAUGCUCGAGUAGCACAGCAACAUUUAAAUACAUAUUUAACUGAAGGAUCAGGUCAAAUGGAAAUCGCGGCUAUGAUAUUGAAUUACAGAAAAAGAAAAAUUCAUGAAAGUCGUGUACUAGAAUAAAAAUAAGAUAAUUUGUUUGGCAGAUGUUGAUUUGUGUUAAGUAACCAAAGUAAAUUGUGAUACAAAUUAACAUAAUGGAAUUGUAAUUGUAUAAUAAGGUAUUGAUAAUAAAAUUAAUUUUAACUAAA